AACUUCGUUGUCAGAGAAAGCAACCUUUUAAAUACGGAACACUGACACACACAAUCCACGCAUCUCUUUCUCUCUCUCUCUAAUCGCUUUUGGUUUCUCUCUCCUCCUUCAUCCCCAAAUCUUCUAGGGAUUCAUGAUCGGUGCGAUUCGGAGCUUGUAGAUCCGCGUCAAGGUUUCGUUUCCUGGAUUAUUUUUUUUGAACAAAAUUUUUUUUGAAUCGAUCUUUUUUCCUGGCCAAAAGGAAUCUGAGUUAUUAUUGGGUGGAAAUUGGAAGUUUCGUUUGCAGUUAUGGGCCGUGAAUAACGUUUUUAGCCCGUUUGGUUCUUUUUCUCGAAGCCCUGUUGAAUUUUUGUUGAAUUAUACAGUGGAAAGUUGAAAAGAUGGAACAUGAAAAGACUGAUUGUCAAGCUCCCCCAGAAGGUCCUAUGUUGUGCAUCAACAACUGUGGAUUUUUCGGAAGUGCAGCUACCAUGAACAUGUGUUCUAAGUGCCACAAAGACAUGAUGCUGAAACAAGAGCAGGCCCAGCUUGCAGCAUCAUCCCUUGGCAAUAUUAUGAAUGGGUCUACAAGCAAAACUGAAAAAGAACCUGUUGUUGCUGCCAGCGUGGAUUUCCAAGCCAUAUUUGCGGAACCUAUAAACACUAUCUUUAAGCCAUUUGCAUUUGGCUUGACUUCGGAGGAGAGUGGUGAUGCAAAGCCAAAGGAUGGUCCGAAACGUUGCAGCAACUGCAAUAAGCGAGUUGGUUUGACAGGGUUCAACUGCCGAUGUGGUAAUGUUUUCUGUGCUGUACAUCGGUACUCGGACAAGCAUGAUUGCCCGUUUGAUUACCGCACUGCUGCACAAGAUGCCAUAGCUAAAGCAAACCCAGUUGUCAAGGCUGAGAAGCUUGAUAAGAUCUAAGAAUUGGUAUUUAGAAGUUUAUGCUCAAUUUCAUCAUGAAAAGACCCAAGUUUCCUGCGCAUUUUAUUGCCUUUGUUAUUAUUUUGUUAUAUGUGAUGGGGUACUUGGUCUUAUGGAAAAUCUCUGCAAUUUGGGACUUUAUUGCGAUUGGCGAAAAUAUCUCUAUCUUGGCCCUAGUGUAUAAGUUUUUAAGUCUGCUGGUUUGGUUAAAGUUGGUGUUAGCUGUGUAAUGCAUCUUUUCCGUUUCAGAUUGGUAUAUGCAAUUGACGUAUGUAUGAUUGAUGAUUUAAAGAGCGUCCAGCAUAUGCUUAGAUUGUACUAUUUGUUGUGGGCUUUCUAUGGAUUUCUCCCAAUAAUAGUUUGUAAUCUACGGGCUUUUGGAUUAACGGUUUUUUUUCUUUUUCUAUCCUAGUACAAGAAAAAUAAAAACAGAAUUGGAGCUGGCUUA